AGACGAAGUGGCUGGGGAGAGGGAAGUCUGGGCUUCCCUGCUUAGGCUGUUGCCCCCGCGACCCGACCUCGGAUAAGCGGAAGAAGAUGGAUGGAUGGAUGGGUUGUUAGUGAGACUAACUUGUUGCUUGUGUGCUGCCUGCAGGUCUCUCUCUGGUCGUCGGCCUCGUCUUGUACAUCUCCAACAUCAACGAUGAAAUGUUAAACAGGACCAAAAGCAACGAGGCCUACUUCAGCUACAAGUACGGCUGGUCCUUUGCCUUCGCUGCCAUCUCCUUCCUCCUCACUGAGACGGCGGGCGUGAUGUCGGUGUACCUGUUCAUGAAGCGCUACACGGCGGAGGAAAUGUAUCGGCCCCACCAAGGCUUCUACCGGCCUCGACUCAGCAACUGCUCCGACUACUCGGGCCAGUUCCUCCACCCGGACGCCUGGGCCGGGCGUGGCCGCAGCCCCUCCUCCAUCUCCUCCGAGGCGUCCCUCCAGAUGAACUCGUCCAACUACCCCGCCCUCCUCAAGUGUCCCGAGUACGAGCAGAUGUCGUCGUCGCCGUGCUGAAACACAGGAUGAAAAGAAACUUCCGCUGAUGCCAAAGGAAGACGUGGCGAAGGGGCCACCUUUAUUCACGACCACCUCCCACUGCAACUUUAGGUGGGGAGUGUAUUACUCGCGCAGACAAAGUGUGGAGAAAAUUAAUAUAAGUGAGUCAAAAAUACAAUUAUUGGCUUCUAAUGGAAAGUACAUGUGAUUGUAUUGUAUAGAAGGAAAUACUGCUAUUUAUGGAUAGAUAUUUUUAUAAUUGAUGCCCUUAUUAUUGUUGGCCAUGUGCCAAGAAAGCUACAAUAUCAACAUUUCACGCAGCAUUAAUAAGUAAACAUAUCACACAAUCAUGUUAUCUUAGUUCACUUUAAUAAUAAAUAGUGUUGAUAUUUCAUUGUAAUUUAGUGGCAUGAUGUGGAUCUAUACGCUAUGAAACAUGUCUUUACUUUGUAUUUAGUUCUGUAAGCCGGUUUAUUUAGCAUUUGUCUAAAAAUAUUCAAUAUUAAUAUACCAUACUUGCAUUACUGUCAACCAUUGAUGAAUCAUGUUGACAGCAUCUCAAUAGGAGGUCAUGGUGUGUACUGUAUAUACUUGUACUUUGACCUAUGUUUUGUUGUUGAGUAGAAUAAUAUGUUCAUGUUAGCUCGGCGUCUCACGGACAAUGUGAGCUUUUGCAAUAUAUGGACGUGUAAAGUACUCAGAAGGUCGUCACAGUCCAAAUGUACAGUAGAAAUAUUAACCGUGUAUUUUUACAAUGCAGUUUCCUGAUGUUCAAUGUAAACGUACUCGGUGAAAUAAAGUCCA